AUGGCUUCAAACAGACAACAAAUUGCUUAUUUAUUUGCACCGUUUUCUCAAAAAAUCCCUCCAAGAACAGCAUUACAUUACAUUAUGUAGACGGGCUCGCGCCCUUAAUUUUAACGCAAUCACCGAAGAUCCCUUGUGGGAUUUAACCGCUUGCGACCUUCCUUUCGUCGGGCCUCUCCUCCUUGUCUCUUGUAAAAGACUCCAGUAUUGAGUGGGCAGUCUAAGGGUUUGUGCGGCCUCCUGAGGCUGAGGGGUACGAAGUUGGCAUUCCGAAAUUCCAAAAAAUGGAAUUUCUGGUAGCCUAUCGGCAGAAGUGUGAAGUCCAGAUCCUGGGACGUAACGCCCAGUUUCACGCUAGGAAGUUGUCCAAUUGGUCUAGGGGUUACCUGUAGACCUUGCUGGGCUUGUCCUUUCCAAAUCUGAACCCUCAUUUCAUUCGAGGUAAAAACCAGUCUCGAAGUUGGACUUGGGCUAGGCCCUGCUACCUGCAGAAUUGGUUACCAUAGCAUUGCUGUCCAUUUCAAGGCUAGAAAAACCUUGCCAGAUAUAAUUAAAAUAUGAGUCGAGGAUGUAUGGCCGUGAGGCCAUACCUAGACGAAGACGCCAUAUUUUAAUUAUUAUCCCUCCAAGAACAGCAAUCCAAAAUCUGCCGAAAACCCAGCGGCAAAGCCGUGUACUGGCAUCCUUCUCAAUUAACCCUAAAACUGAAGCUAAAGAAAGACCCUAUACCAUCUCUUCGUCAUCAGGUUUUGCAGCUCCAGACCAAAACCGUGCUAUAUCGCGAAACUUGCCAGCCCAAGCGUCAAUUCGGCACAAAACUCAGCAGCCUCUUAAUUCACGUAUUGUAUCUGAAAGAGGAGGAGAAAAUGCAGAUCAAAAAAGUCUGCUAUAUAAAAGAAGGGUCACUUCAAAAUCGCCCACUUCAUUUAAAGAAAGGAUGUGCCAGUCAUGCAAAAAACUGAAAUGUCUAUGCACUAAUAAAGAAAUAAUUCAACUGCAAAACACAGAUAAUAUAAGCCAAAAUGAGGAAUUUGAGGAGGAGUUUAAAAGUGACGAUGAUGUCAUUGGAGAAGACGAGCUUUCGGAGGCUUGCAGCGAGUUUGAAGAGGAAGAUAAAACUGAGUCACUUACACAAGAGUUCUCACCUGAUAGUCCGAUACCGAAAUUAAAAGUUUUUCAAUGUAGAAAUGAAGUAGAUACUAGCUCCUCCCUUUAAAUUGGAAUAAAAGAUCGGUAAAAUUUGGAUUUUAGCUGCUUUAACCCCCUUUAAAUUGGAAAAAGAUUUGCUUCUCAAUAAGAAAAUUUUAUUAGAAUAUUAUUUAACACUGGGUCUAUUAAUUUAAUCUUUUAUAAAAUAAUGAAAAUUUAAAUAUUUUAGAAAAUUAAUUUUGACCCAAUUUUAUAGAUGAAGCGCAAAUAGAAUAUUAUUUAAACAGUUUUCACACUUAAUCGAUUAAUUUUUUUAUUUAAUUCAUCAUAAAAUAAAUUAAAAUUCAAGGCAUUAUACUCAAUUUAUAUUUUUUAAAUUUUAAAAAAUUUUUCAAAGAAAAGAUUAAAGUUAAUUUAAUGAAAGAAGUGCAAGUAGAAUUCUAUUUAAACAUUUUUCACACUGCAUCGGUAAAUUUUUUAAUUAUUUCUUCAUAAAAAUAUAUUAAAAUUCGAAGAUUAUGCUCAAAUUAUAUUUUUUAAAUUUUUUUUAUAAAUAUAAUUUUUUUUAAAAAAAUAUUAACCCCCCUUUAAAUUUGAACAGGAUUUUUUGUUCCAAUUUAAAAUGGGGGAGUAAGGCAAUUAUACAGGAAAUUACAAGCAGAGCGAGAACGGUACUUCUAAGAAAACCAAUUUACAGUGGAAGGCCAGCAACUGUAGUUUUUGACUAUCCAGGAUGCUGCCAAGCGCAUUCAAGAGUUGAUGAGAGGACUUAUAUUAUGUCAGAUGACGAAGUCCAAGCAAAAUCGCUUAGCUUUAGAGUUGGGGAAGGAGCUCAUAAGCUUGCCUGCUUUAUGACUGCUUUUAAGCAUGCUGGCUUCAAAAUGACAAGUUCUUCCACAAAUUUCAAUGUUUCUAUUUCACGAGUCCCAAAACCAGAGUCUUUGAAGAAAUUCAAUCCUUACCAAAAAAUCAACCAUUUCCCAGGAAUAUGACAAAUUGGAAGAAAAGACAAUUUAUGAAGGAAUGUCCUAAAGCAAAGGAGAAAAUUCGGAAAACCUUAUGAAAUCUGCCCUCAAACAUAUAGAAAUUUCCCAUAGAUGGCGCUGUUUGCCUUUGAUUUGCCCAUGAGAAAAAUUUUUUGGUUUGACCAAACCAUAUGGGACUGGUCGAACCAAAAAUUUCCCCAGUGGGCAAAUCAAGGCAAACAGCACCAUCUAUGGGAAAUUUCUAUAUAUUCUGCCAGAAGAUUUUUCAAGGUUUGAGAUGGACAGAGAAGAAAAUUCCCAUCUUUUAUGAAUUCUUAAGCCUGCAGCAUGGUCUUGUGGAAGAGGUAUCAAAGUGAUUUCUAAUAAAACAAAAAUACAUAAAAGGAGAGGAUACAUUAUCUCAAGAUAUAUUGCUAAUCCUCACACUAUAAACGGUUACAAGUAUGAUUUAAGGAUUUACAUCAGUGUUACGAGCUUUGAUCCUCUGAGAGUCUAUAUAUAUAAAGAAGGACUUGUGAGAUUCGCAACAGAGCAGUAUUCUACUAAUAAAAAAACAUUAAAAAAGAGAUACGUUCACCUCACAAAUUUCAGUGUAAAUAAGAGAUCAGACAAAUUUGUUAACCCUACUGAGGCUUGCCAAGAUGCAGAAGGCAGCAAAUGGUCUUUGACUGCAUUAAGAAGAUACUUCAAUGAGCAAGGAAUAGACUUUGAAGCAGUUUUCGCAAAAAUUCAUGAUGUAGUCAUAAAGGCUCUUAUUUCUGUAGAACCUGAUAUUGUAAAUAGUAUGGGUCAGGCAACAAAAUCAAAAAAUAUUUGUUUUGAGACCUUUGGGUUUGAUAUUAUGUUGGAUCAAAAUUUAAGACCUUGGCUAAUUGAAGUCAAUGUCCUUCCGUCCUUAAGUUCUACCUCACCCCUUGAUAAAAGAAUUAAGACUUCACUUAUGUGCGAUAUUUUCACUAUAGCCCAUGAACCCGUUUAGAUUGUCCUGGGCUAGGAGAAUGCAGCGCAACUCCUGGAGUGGUUUCUCCAGCUCAAGUUGACGAACCAACUCUUGGAAUUGACAAAUGACCCUGGUACAAGGCAUUUGCCAACUCCCCAAGUUGGCUCGUCAGAAGUUGCGCUGCAUUCUCCCAGCCCAGGGCUAUCUAAACGGGUUCCUGGGUUAUAUGGUUGGAGUUGUACCAUUUGAUAGAGAACAGCUGGAAAAAGAAAGGGAAGAAAUGAAAACAAAUAGACUUCUUGGGUUUGAAAAACCUGCAAAAAUUGCCCACAGAAACUUAUCUGGAUUGCUUAGCUGUGUAAACCUUGAAGACUAUGAUAUAAAUCAAGAAGAUUUAAAUGUGCUGAUUGACUGCGAAGAAGAAUGGGAUAGGAUUGGGAAUUAUAAUAGAAUUUUCCCGCUUAAAAGCAAUGUGGAUUAUUAUGCUCAGUUCUUUCCAAUUACUAGAUACAAUAAUUUGCUUGUAUGGAAAUAUUUGAAAGCUAGAAGUAACAUACUUGACAAAUAUUGCAAGAAAAAUUAG